AGUUUUGGUUUAAAUGUCGGCAGUAGCGGUGAACAGAAAUCCCAACAUCACAUGUUUUAAUCCACCGCGAUUCAUGUCGCAAAAAAGUGACCGAUUCUUCCGAUUCUCCAUCCGCGCUCAAUUAAAAUUUGAAAGAAAAAAACCUACUCGCACCUGAUCGGUGGAUGUACUAAAUGUGUGCGUUAUACCAAUCAUUCCCCACCCCUAUAAAAAGUUUUCAUUCAGAAAAAGUGUUGACAUGUGUUGCUAGGCAACCGACGCCGAGCGUGUAGCAUGCAUUUUUUUUUUACGAAAAUGUGAAUAAAAACUCGAAGCUGUUGUGCGAUUUAUAUUAAACAAGUGUUUCGCGAUGUACAUCAUACAUAAAAUAAUAUAUACAAUACUUUUUCGCAAUGUAAUAAUCUUCAAAUGAUUAAAAGGAUCAAAAAAGUGACUAAAGAACUGCAAAUUCACAUGAAAUUAGUGCCAAAUUAAUUGUAGAAAACCACCAGAGUAGUUUCAAAAACGUUGAAAAUGAAUAUUCUGUUAUCACUCCCUAGUUAGUUGUGGAUCUCGAUGGUAAAAUGAAGAAAAUUAAAUUUUAAAUAAUUGGAAAUAAUGUUGAUAAAUUUAUUCAUAUCUGCUGAUGAUUGCUGAUUGGACGCAAUUGACAACUAUGCACUUGACCAACACUCCUACUGGUACUACGGGUAGUGCCUCUUCGCCUGAGGGUACUACCAAUUUGAUACAAGAUACUUAUACUAAAAUGACAAGUGAUAUAUUGGCCGAAAGAACAUUGAACGAUUUUUUGAGUGAACAUCCGGGAGAGCUUAUCAGGACAGGAAGUCCUUUGUUCGUUUGUACUGUCCUACCACCUCAUUGGAGAUCCAACAAGACCCUUCCUGUAGCGUUUAAAGUGGUUGCUUUGGGGGACGUGGGGGAUGGGACUGUUGUGACUGUGAAAGCUGGGAAUGAUGAAAACUAUUGUGCCGAACUAAGAAAUUCUACUGCUGUUAUGAAAAAUCAAGUGGCAAAAUUCAAUGAUCUCCGGUUUGUUGGUCGGAGUGGACGAGGUAAAAGCUUCACGUUAACCAUAAUGAUAUCUUCAAGUCCACCUCAAGUUGCGACCUAUAACAAAGCUAUAAAAGUUACUGUCGACGGCCCAAGAGAACCACGAUCCAAAACAAUGCUUUCUCUUCUAGGACAACAGCAACAAUUUCAUUUCGCCUUCGGUCAACGUCCGUUUCCUUUUGCAGCCUCUGACCCUUUAUCAGGAUUUCGAAUGCCACCAAUAGGAAACUGUAACAAUAUGCCGCAGUUUGGUUUGAGUAGUACUAAUUCACAUUGGGGAUACAGUACUGCCGGAGCUUAUUCAUCUUAUUUCACUCCUGGUGCUUUGGGCUCUUGUGCUGCCCCUUCAACACAAUUCAAUACUCCAGCUUUAGGAUUUUCUGGAAGUACACCUGAUCAAUCGUCCACACAAGAUGCCUUCACUACCAGUUCAGCAGUUAGUUCAUUAUUACCUGAAGCUACAACAACAGAUUUAGAUCAACAUCUCGGUUUAGUAUCAUCUCAAAAUCACUCAAACCAUUCUCACACGCCUUCUCAUACAUCUUCCCUAUUAGUUCCUCGGUAUUCUACGAAUCAUACGGAUUUCACUUUAUCUGGACCAAGAAGUUUGUCAGAUAAUUCUAGUGCAGCUGAAAGUCCUGUUCAAGAUGAACUUCUAAACUCGCAAACUUCACUAGGUGUGAACCAUGUGAACAACAGUUCAAAUUUCUUACACCAAAAUAUGUCUCAGAGUUCAUAUUCCUCGAGUAAUUGUAAUAAUUCUAUUUAUCCUGUACUCCCUGGUCUCUUAUAUUCCCAACUGUAUUCGGCCGCCAAUCAAAGCCAUAAUUUCCAUUCGCUACACACGCAUACGACGCAUAGCCAACAUAAUGAUCUACAAAGUGUUAUGGAUCAUCUAUCAACUAGCAAUCAAAGACAGAUGGUUAAUGGUACAACUGAUUUAUUGUUGAGCAAUAACGGGACUUGUGCAGCAGCCGCCGCUAGGCAAGAUGAUGGACAUAACAGAGGGCUGACCAAUAAUACUGGGCAACGAGGCCCCUCACAAAAUGGUGAUGCAGUAGUUUGGCGACCUUAUUAAUAACAUAUUCAAACAAUUGCGAAGAAGACCUUUUAUCGUGAGGAUAUAUCGAAAUUCAGCAUUGAUCAUCAAAAAACUAUAAUUAACUAUUUUGUUCUGUUUUGAAUUUUUUUAUAGUAAGAUAAAUUAUAGAUUGAAAAAGAGGCUUUUAUAGUUGAAGUGCCAAUUAAAAAGUAAUUCUUAAUACGGAAAAAAUAUUUUUUUUGCUCAUAACCAGCUUUUAUCAUGAUAAAAUGGGAUAACUAGUUGGAAUUUUGAUUAGUGAAGCAACUGCAGAAUCACUCCAUUGCUGAGGUUCACUUUGUAGGCGUUCAUUAACUACUAUUCUCUAUAACUCAAGAUCUCUGUUCUAUUUAAGAAUAUUUUUCAAAUUUCUCCUCCAAAACCCAAAGCUGCAGAGAGCUGCAAAAUACAACACCAUAAUUUAAAUUUUUUCCAAUAAAAAAGAAAGAAAAAACCGUAGUUAGCCUUUUGCGAGUGCACGAAAAUUACAGAACCAAGUUUCUUGCAUUACUCAAAUUUCAGGAAAAAACAAUUAAUACCCAAUUCUAGUCACCAGCUUUUAAUGAUGAUAUAUCGAAACGGGUGAACUGAGAUAAUUUUGUUAUGGGAAAGACCCAUCUUAAUUUCCUCACCUCCUGAGUAGUUUGCAGGGUUUUAGAAGCGCUUCUGUAAAACUCAUUCCAAUAUAUUAGUUUUGGGGUUGGAAGUCUUCGAUAUUUUCUGCAAUCCCUAGGAUUACAGUUUACCAAAAACUUGGUGAGGCCAUUUAGUAUUUCUUCGUUUACAUAUACAUUUUUCACAGCUUUGAAACUCGAAAAUCUUGAACCAAAGCAUCAAACCAGAAGAUGUCAAGUUAAAAAUCCUUAGAGACGGUAACUGAUAAGUAACCAUUCGAUAAGAGCUCGUGAGCCACACAAAAGACGUCACAAUUCCUACCACAAUGAUAUCUGUUCAUAAAUCCACACUAGCAUGGAUAUUUCACUCAUGUCAAGCCAAUCUCAAGUUUUUGAUAACCUUUUCAGUUAUUUGGUCAUUCAAUACCGGAAAAUGAGGUGAUAAAACUUGUCUGCAUUAUGGAGACCACAAAUGUUAAGAGCUGCACACAAAAAACUUGCAAAGGCAUUUUCGGCAAUGUUUCAUCGUAAAAUAGGUAAAAAAGUUAUGCAAUUAUCAGUACCAAUGGAUGUAACAUGAAUCCAUCCCCAUGAUGUGAACGCUGAGUGAGUAGUAUAUACAUGUAGAUUCACAUCCGCUGAAAACAAUCACAGGAGCUCAUUUCCUAAUUCAGUUCCAAUAUUAGUGAGAUAAUGAAAGGAAAACGGCAGGAGAUGCUGCGAAAAGUUUUUCUGGUGAAUCCGGGUAAUGCACCCAGUCACAGGUAUGUCAUUGCAUUAGCCACAAUAGCGCAGGCUAAGAAUGAGUUGAUUAUCUGUAUGUGUACAGUUGAAUAAUCGAGAAUCAAUGUCGAAGAGGAGAAUGUGGAAACUAUAUUGGAAAACUAUAUAUAUAUCAUAUGUUUCCAUUGCAUGUGAUUAACAGGUGUUGCAAAAAUAUAAGCUACCGUAUGUUAAGAAUUAUUUUCAACUCAUUAGUUUGUUUAACUAUAAAAGCAUGUUGGUUUUAAAACUAUAGUUUGUUUUCUCUAUUACUUAAUCGAUACUUUGUGAUGAUGAGACAUUAUAUUGUAUCUGCUGCUUAGCAUAGUACUGCUUCGAGAAAGUCCAACUUUUUAACGAUAUAUUCUAACUUUAUCAGAAAGCUACGAGUUUGAAGUGACUAAAGAACAUUCGUUCCUGUCAAUAUUAUAAUGAUUUCUUUCAACAGCAAUGGGACACAUUCUCUUGGUAGAAAUCUCUAAAAAUAUGUUCCUUUGAAUGAAAGAUUGUAACUCUAAAGGGUCUGAGUUCCAACUUCAUUAUUUAGAGAUAUACUUAUAAAAGUGGAAUGAUGAAAAUUUUUCAAUGAAAUAAUUUAUUAUUCAUACUGGCAAUAGUUGACAACACUCCUUACUUAUUAUAACAGUAUAACGUAGUAAAAAAUAGAAUGAACAUCCACUAUUUUAAAAUGUUUAAGUGCAUUUUAAAGUACAGUCGAUAAUCCCACAGAUACGGGCCCGACUGGUUGUCGGAUUUCCAAAAAGCUUCGGAUUUUCAAAUAUUCUACUUCUUUGACCAAUUUUAGCCGUGUAUACGCAUAUAAUACUCAAGAGAAAUCUACUAUCUUUCAUUAUCAACACCUACCCUGUAAAAAAUUGAAAAACCUACACACAGAAUUAGUUUAGGCAUUAAUUGUAACAUAAACAAUAUCUUUUAUCUUAAGCAUUGGAAAAUCUGUAAUGUUUUUCUGUUAUUUAUGUAGUGACUGCUAGUCGUGGCUUCUUCUUGAAGAGAUAUUAGAAUCAAAAUUAUGUUGCAAUCAAGUUCCCACUUUUCGCUCCAGCGUAUUAAAACAUUUGCAGCUUCGUCACAGGUGACAGAAUGUUUAGCGUUUGGAAGCUCCUCUAAUGUUUCAUCUUCAUUAAAUGUGAUUUCUUUUACUACCUCUCUAUCUGUAAAGUCAGCGUUCAAGUUAUCUUCUACAAUCUUCUAAGGUCUUCUGAAGAUUCUGAAGGAACGUUGAUUUUAUUGCAAAGUAUAAGAGUAUCAUUUAUAACUUCGUUAUCAGUUUGCUUGAGCAUUGAAUUUUCUGGCCAAAUAUUUGAUUAGAGUUGACGGUUUCGACCAUAGCUGCUGAAACACCGACUUGGUGCUAAUGGAAAUGACCCCCAGCAAACAUCAAAUCGUAAUUCACACACACAUAUUUUAAUAUUUGUUUUUGCUAUUGUACUAUUUUCUGUACUCAUCUCCGAGGAAACCAGGUUUCUGUGAUAGAAACUUAUCAUUCCAUUUAUUACAUUUCUUCUUGUAGUUUUAAUCACUAAAAAACGUACGUUGGCACUGCACAUCUUUAUGGUUUUGGAUAGAAUUCUGGAAGAAACUGACACUUGAAAACAUUUGUAUAUUAUUACUUAUGGCACUAAUACGGUACUAUUUAAAAAAAUUGACUUUUGACUCAUUAACCCUUUAGGCUUAAAAUCCUUCAUUUGGAUUUGCGUGCAACUGCUUAUCAUUUUAAGUUUGUUAUGCCUAUGGCAAUAGUUGAUUUUCAAUAGAAAUUUUGUGUGCAAUUAUUUUGAUAUUAACAUUUUAAAAAUGUUUGUUGUGUUGAAAACAAUUUUUGUAGAUUUUUGUAUAAUAUUAUGUAACAAAAAGGUGAUUACGAUGUGCAAUCUUAAUAUCAAUGUAAGUAUCCAAAAUAAUUAAAUUUUAUGUCUGCUAAAAUGUAAAUAGUGUCCAAAAAAAUAGUGUCCGAAAGAGUCACAAUAAGAAUUCAAUUAAUUCUACAAAUAUUGAACGAAAUAAUUGAAAAAUAUCAAAAUAAGGAUAAAAUCAACUUAGAACUUUGUUCCAAUAAGAAAAAUUAAUUUUUCCUUGCUUCCUACAUCUCAAAUAUAUUAAAUUUAUUGGAAUUGAAUGAAAUAUUUGGAUAAUGUAUUAUGUCCUCUAUGACUAACAUUGAGAAAAAUCUAAAAUCUUGGUUAUAAUUUUUGAGCUACUAUCCUUGCAGUACAAUAAAGGAAAUUAGAAAACAGAUAUCGCUAAUUUUCUAUCCAAGAUAAUACACUUUAAAACAAUCGACAUAGAGAGUUAGGUAAAUUGCAAACAGCAUUAAUGUAGUUAUGAAAUGAUAAAGGACCACGUGGUAACCUUGAGAUAUCUCUCGAACCUCUGGUAGAUUCUAAAAAAAUUGUUCGAUAGCAAUACUAUAAUACGAAUCAUAAAAUGAGAGUUGACCGAUAAUAAAAGAAUACCAUGAACUUGGAUGUCGGGAAACUCAUGCCAUCACUUCUAAAGUUAUCUAAAAUCGAUUUUCGCAGGGAGCUAGGUCAAUUGAAUAUGGAAUAUGAGGUAAUAGCGCAAUUCUGCUCAAAUGUUUCUGUAUGAACAAAAAUAAGAUCGUUUUUAGUUGUAUUCGGCAUUAAAAAUUAGUAUAAUAUUGGCUAAUUAUCCCUUAUUCGGAAGGAUCCAUCAGAAUUAAACCUUUCAAAUAACAAAAAACUGUGGCCAUGGCGUUAUUUGCUAGAAAAGCGGUUUUUUUCCUUAAAAGGAUGUUCCUGGAAUGGAGUUCAUCGUUUUAACUUUACUUAUAGCUGCGGGAACAAAUAACUUGGAGAAACAACUACUACUACUUUUUUCUUCAUAUCAAUAUGUGUGAAAGCAGGGGGCUGUACUUAAUUUUGAAUAAAAUCGGAGCUUAAGAAUGGAUUUCAAUGAAAUAUUCGUAUUCAAGGAUGAUUUUCCAUUAUAAGAAAAGGUUUCAACAAGUAGAUAAUAUUAAUAAUCAUAUAGCACUUUGUAUUUUUUGUAAAAUAAAUAUUGAAAUAGAAUAUACAUACCACAUAUUAUUUAUUUUAGUUAUCGAGAACAGUUCACAUAAAAAUAACAUAAUGGCCUAUGACGUGACUCUAUUUUUUUUGGACAAUGUACCAUAACAUGCUUUAAUUAGGAAUAACGUGUAAAAAAAUA